CAAGAAAUAACAUGUAGCUGACUAAACAAAUGAAAGUACAAGGCAGUAAUACGUUUGAAGCGCAUUAUGCGAACUUAUAUGGAGAAAGAUGGGCAGCGUUGUCCACAGCCCUGCGAAAUACUCAGAAUACAAUCGCACUAAUACCUCCGUUCUAUUCUCAUAUACCUGAUAUGCUGGAUGAAUGCAAGAAUCCGAAUACAGAUAUAAAACUGGAGAAUCUGGUAGGAACAUCGUAUUAUCGCAAAUCUGCUUUUCCUUUUUGCCAUGAAGAGGAUGAAUUCAAACCUACGGAUAAUGGUUUAAUUAAUUUGGAUGACAUCGAUUUAUACGACAAAAAAGCUAUUUUAAAUGCAAAUAACUUAGUGGGAACUGUAUUUGAUAGUGUCUAUCGCAUUAAUAUCGGAAUAUGCUAUGCCUGUUAUGCUCUAGGACCGCAGCCAGGUGAAAGGGUUAUGGAUAUGUUCGCACAUGGAGGAGUUCAUAGUCUUAUAUUUGCUUCGCUUAUGUUUCCCACUUCAGAAUCAGUGUCGCAAAUAUCAGGAGAAGGUAAAAGCACUAUGGAAAUUGUUGAAUUAAUCAAUCGAGCUAGAGAUGAUAUGCUAUGUAAAGCAGAUAAGUCUUUACUGGUAUGCGCCGAGCCAACCAAAAGCCUAUAUGCAACUUCUAUGUCAAACCUACAAAAAUAUUUGCCAGAAAGAUUGCUAAGGUCAAUGAAUGUACAAAUAACAUGCUACGAUGGAAUGAAUCAUAAGUUGAAACGAUUCGGAACAUUCGAUCGCAUAUUCGUAAGGAUGCCUCCACAUUCCUACUAUGCAACACCAAUGUCAUGGAGUAAAAGGAAUUUAAAAGAUGAUUCCACGAAGGCAUUGAACGCACUGACCACCGCCAUUAGUUUCCUCAAACCUGGAGGGACAAUAUUAUAUGUUACAGAAUCACUUGAUCCCAUAGAAAAUGAGCUCAUUAUACACACAGUUCUUCAAUCUAUAGCAACACUAAGGCAUGAAACAAUCGAUUUAGUAUCUGACUUGGAAAACCUAAGGAAGAAACUAUCAUGGAUAGAUGAAGCUAAAGUACCACUACCACAGGUAGAAACGCGAAAAUACGGGUGUGCUCUAAUGCCAGAUAGAACAAAUUGUGGCCCUAUAUACAUAUGUAAACUGGUUUCUAAUAAUGAUUAAUUUUAUUCAU